AUGCUUAAGCAGCUGAAGGAGACGGUGGUGUCCGCGAUCUCCUCAAACCCGCUUAACGCCUACGAACUGGAUACCUCCGGCACCACGCUUUGUGGCCGUAGCGACUUGUUCGAGAAGUGUGACGCUGUCGUACGCGCCAAUGGAAAGAAGGUGUCUAUAUUCACCCUGCGUAUAAAGAGGGUGUUGGAGCGUUGCACUGCUAGCGAGGCUCUCGCGCUGAUCAAGGUGGUGAAGGAGAGUGUGGCACUGCUGACCCACAUGCGCCACCCCGGCAUCCUUAGCAUCGAGGGUCAACUCGUAGAGGACAAGAAAAAGAUAUGGUUUGCGGCGGAGCGGGUGUCGAUGGUGCUCGCGCCAGAGAACGUUCAGGGUCUCCCUCUUCAGGUGAAACUACUGGGACUUUUCCACUGCGCCGAGGCCAUCCGAUUCCUGCACGAGAAAGCAGAGCUUCUCCUCUUCAACUUUGCCCUCUCCUCCAUUUACGUGACAGAAGACAAUCAAUGGAAGAUCGGCGACCUGUGCUUCGCUGUGCCGCGAGCUCAGCUCAGCGCACCGCCACCGCCGCCCUUCCCCUUCCACAGCGUGGCAGCGCCGCUACUGGACUACCUGCCGACGGAGUACGUGCAGUUUUGCACUAAGAAGGACGAUGCUGCCAACAGAGACCUUUUCUCUGCUGGUGCUGCGCCGCUCGUGUACCCAGACAGCGACACGUACGGCUUUCUCGUGGUAACGGUGGAAGUCCUGCAGGGGAAGCGGCUCUUCAACUGCUGCGGCAACCCACAAGAACAGCAGCGGCAGCUGAGCGCUGUCGAAGGGCACAUAUCGCGCUACUUUCCUGCCGCGGCGUUACGAUUGCCACGCCCACCGAUCUCGACGGUCGUCGUCACCGGCCCCUUCGCGACGCCGGACAUGAAGACGCUCACUGGUUUGUUCUCCUUCGGCAUCCUCGACAGCGACCCACGCUUUAGACUGCUAAAGGCGCUCUACGAUGGUCUUACGAAGGGCGAUUUCUGCGAGGCUGUCAUCCUGUCGGGCAUUGUGCCUCUCAUGGUGCAGGAGAGCAAGGUCGAUGCCAUGCUGCGAUUUGUGCUGCCAAUUCUUCUGCUGUGCGCCGGCACCCUCUCUACCAGCAGCUUUCAUCGCACCUUGCGCGAAUACUUCGUGUCGCUGCUGACUGCCAUUAUUCGUGCUCCGUCGCUACAGCCGGCCGCCGUAUACGCCGAGCAAAUUCUACAGAAGCGCGAGUGCAUCCACAAGCACUUUGCGAGUGUGGAGGACAAGGCGACGCUCAUUGUUCCUCUCAUCCUGAAGCUUAUGCCGAGCGAAGGAAAUGAGCGCCUCCAGAAAGGCAGCCUGGAGUGGUUUCGUGACGUGCUGACGCAGACCCCCACCAUCAAGCUCGGUUUGCCGAAGGACAUAGCCGCCCGCCUGCUCAACGUGGCCUCGUCCAACGCAGACUCCUUUGCACUCGCCUUUCAGUGCCUCGAGAAGAUCCUCACAUUCUCCGCAACGGAGACUAAAAUGGAUGUGGAGGUGAACCUGACGCGAACCAUUUCGAACACCGCCAUUUCCUUCACCUCCGUGCAACUUGAUUACAUGCUCGGCCUAUUGAGGGGCAUACAGGAGAAGAUGAACCCGGAGCAUCGAGCCGUCAAGUCGAUCCCGCUUCUCUGUCCCCUCCUGCUUCACACGGAUGGAACAGUGCGGCAGUUUGCCGUCGCGUCGAUUGUCAGGUACGCGCAGCUGCUCGGCAGUGGCCCAGCGCCAGCGACAGCGCCACUACCACCACCACCAUCGAGUGGCGGCUCCUUUUCCUCCUCAGCGGCGAACUCUGGAGCACCUGCAGCACUCGCUGGUUCCUUGACGCAACACGCAUUACCACCUUCAGCCGCGCCGCCUCCAGCGCGCGCAGACGACGACGUUUUUGCAUCGCUGUUUUCCUAG